AUGUCGUAUUUCCUCAAUCUGAACGGUAAUCGAAAUACUGGUAGUCUAAAUACUGGUAGUCUAAAUACUGGUAGUCUACAUACCGGUAGUCUAAAUACUGGUUGUCUAAAUACUGGUAGUCUAAAUACUGGAAGUCUAAAUACUGGUAGUCUAAAUACUGGUAGUCUAAAUACUGGUAGUCUAAAUACUGGUAGUCUAAAUACUGAUAGUGUAAAUACUAGUAGUCUAAAUACUGGUAGUGUAAAUACUGGUAGUCUAAAUACUGGUAGUCUAAUUACUUGUACCCUUAACACUAGUGAUCUAAAUACUGGUAGUGCUAAUACUGGUAGUCUAAAUACUGGUAGUCUAACUGUUGGUAGUCUAAUUACUGGUAGACUUAAUACUAGUAGUCUAGAUACUGAUAGUCUAGGUACUGGUAGACCAAAUACUGGUAGUAUAAAUACUUGUAGUCCAAAUACUGGUAGUCUAAAUACUGGUAGUCUAAAUACUGGUAGUCUAAUUACUUGUACCCUUAACACUAGUGAUCUAAAUACUGGUAGUGCUAAUACUGGUAGUCUAAAUACUGGUAGUCUAACUGUUGGUAGUCUAAUUACUGGUAGACUUAAUACUAGUAGUCUAGAUACUGAUAGUCUAGGUACUGGUAGACCAAAUACUGGUAGUGUAAAUACUUGUAGUCCAAAUACUGGUAGUCUAAAUACUGGUAGUCUAAAUUCUAAUAGUCCUAAUACUGGUAGUCCAAAUACUGGUAGUCUAAAUACUGGUAGUCUAAAUUCUAAUAGUCCUAAUACUGGUAGUCCAAAUACUGGUAGUCUAAAUGCUGGUAAUCUUAGUACUGGCAGUCCUAAUACUGGUAGUCUUAAUUCUGGUAGUCUAAAUACUGAUAGUGAAAAUACUAGUAGUCUAAAUACUGGUAGUCUAAAUACUGGUAGUCUAAAUACUGGUAGUCUAAAUACUGGUAGUCUAAAUACUGGUAGUCUAAAUACUGAUAGUGUAAAUACUAGUAGUCUAAAUACUGGUAGUGUAAAUACUGGUAGUCUAAUUACUUGUACCCUUAACACUAGUGAUCUAAAUACUGGUAGUGCUAAUACUGGUAGUCUAAAUACUGGUAGUCUAACUGUUGGUAGUCUAAUUACUGGUAGACUUAAUACUAGUAGUCUAGAUACUGAUAGUCUAGGUACUGGUAGACCAAAUACUGGUAGUGUAAAUACUUGUAGUCCAAAUACUGGUAGUCUAAAUACUGGUAGUCUAAAUACUGGUAGUCUAAAUACUGGUAGUCUAAUUACUUGUACCCUUAACACUAGUGAUCUAAAUACUGGUAGUGCUAAUACUGGUAGUCUAAAUACUGGUAGUCUAACUGUUGGUAGUCUAAUUACUGGUAGACUUAAUACUAGUAGUCUAGAUACUGAUAGUCUAGGUACUGGUAGACCAAAUACUGGUAGUGUAAAUACUUGUAGUCCAAAUACUGGUAGUCUAAAUACUGGUAGUCUAAAUUCUAAUAGUCCUAAUACUGGUAGUCCAAAUACUGGUAGUCUAAAUACUGGUAGUCUAAAUUCUAAUAGUCCUAAUACUGAUAGUCCAAAUACUGGUAGUCUAAAUGCUGGUAAUCUUAGUACUGGCAGUCCUAAUACUGGUAGUCUUAAUUCUGGUAGUCUAAAUACUGAUAGUGAAAAUACUAGUAGUCUAAAUACUGGUAGUCUAAAUACUGAUUGUCUAAAUACUGGUGGUCUAAAUACUGCAACUUCUGUGACAGCCUCCAAUGGGGCUAGAACGAUUGAACUGCCACAGACAAACUGGGGUACAUGUGCACCAGUAUUCUUCAUUAAAGAACUAAGCCAAAGAAAACCCAGCAAAUUCGGUGUUUUAGAAUCUCUAAAUAAUGGUAGUCAAAAUACUGGUAGUCAAAAUGCUGGUAGUCUAAAUACUGGUAGUCAAAAUACUGGUCGUCAAAAUACUGGUUGUGUAAAUACUGGUAGUCUACAUGCUGGUAGUCCAAAUACUGGUAGUCUAAGUACUGGUUGUCUAAGUACUGGUUGUCCAAAUACUGGUAAUUUAAAUACUUGUUUUCUAAAUACUGGUUGUCUAAAUACUGGUUGUGUAAACACUUGUAGUCUAAAUACUGGUAUUCUAAAUACUGGUAGUCUACAUGCUGGUUGUCUAAAUACUGGUUGUGCAAACACUGGCAGUCUAAAUACUGGUAGUUUACAUUCUGGUAGUCCAAACACUGGCAUUCUAAAUACUAGUAGUUUAAAUACUGGUAAUUUAAAUACUGGUAGUUUAAAUACUGGUAGUCUAAAUACUGGUAGUCUAAAUACUGUAUUAUUUAGUAAUCCAAAUACUGGCAUUCUAAAUACUGGUAUUCGAAAUAAUGGUAGUCUAAAUACUGGUAGUCUAAAUACUGAUAGUCUAAAAACUGGUAGUCUAAAUACUGAAAGUCUAAACACUGCUACUAUAAAUACUGCUACUCUAAAUACUGGUAGUCUAAAAACUGGUAUUCUAAAUACUGGUGGUCUAAAUACCUAUAGUCUAAAUACUGAUAGUGCAAAUACUGGUAGUCUAAAUACUGGUAGUCUAAAUACUGGUAGUCUUAAUACUGGAAGUCUAAAUACUGGUAUUCUAAAUACUGGUAGUCUAAAUACUGGUAGUCUAAAUACUGGUAGUCUUAAUACUUGUUUUCUAAAUACUGGUUGUCCACCUACUGGUUAUCUAAAUACUGGUUGUCCAAAUACUAAUAGUUUACAUGCUGGUAGUCCAGAUAGUUGUAGUGUAAAUACUGUCCAAAUACCAGUAUUAAUUAGCAACCCAAAUACUGGCAUUCUAAAUACUGGUAUUCGAAAUAAUGGUAGUCUAAAUACUGGUAGUUUAAAUAUUAAAAUUCUAAACACUGAUAGUCUAAAAGCUGGUAGUCUAAAUACUGAAAGUCAAAAUACUGGUAGUCAAAAUACUGGUAGUCAAAAUACUGGUAGUCUAAAUAAUGGUAGUCUACAUGCUGGUAGUCCAAAUACUGGUAGUCAAAGUACUGGUUGUCUAAAUACUGGUUGUCCAAAUACUGGUAGUCUAAAUACUGGUAGUUUACAUGCUGGUAGUCCAAACACCGGCAAUCUAAAUACUAGUAGUUUAAAUAGUGGUAGUUUAAAUACUGAUAGUAUAAAUACUGGUAGUCUAAAUACUGGUAUUCUAAAUACUUGUAGUCCAAAUAUUGGUAGUGUUAAUACUUGUUUUCUAAAUACUGGUUGUCCGCCUACUGGUUGUCUAAAUACUGUUUGUCUAAAUACUGGUUGUCUAUAUACCGGUUGUCCAAAUACUGGUUGUUUACAUGCUGGUAGUCCUGAUAGUGGUGGUCUAAAUACUGAUAGUUUCAAUAUUAAAAGUCUAAAUACUGGUAGUCUAAAUACUGGCUGUCCAAAUACUGGUAGUCUAAAUACUCGUAUUCGAAAUAUUGAUAGUCCAAAUACCAGUAUUAUUUAG